CAUUUAGCAUAGCAACUGCAUCGGGAGAGAAUGACCCAGUUAGAGGGAGGACCCUAAAGAUGGCAGCGAGCAGAACUGAUCUGGUGAUGGCUCUACAAUUCAUUGUUCUCAUGUUGAGGUUUUGCAACACUCAAGCAGCUGGCAAAGGUGUGACUGUUAAUUUAGAUGCAAAAUGGCCAUCAACACCUUUAUUGUUGGAGACAAGUGAGUUUGUGGCAGAAGAAGAUGAUGAAAAGUUCUGGCAAUUUAUUGACACUGUGAAGGAAAUAACCUACAUUCAGGGAGAUUCUGAACGCAGUUAUUAUGACCUAAUUCUGAAGAAAGCUGGUCAAUUCUUGUCGGAACUGAAACUCAAUCUUCUAAAGUUUGCCCUCUCGCUGAGAGCAUAUUCUCCAACGGUUCAAAUGUUUCAGCAGACUGCAACUGAUGAACCACCACCAAAAGGCUGCAGUAGUUUUGUAGCUGUCCAUGGGGAGCACACCUGCAAUACCAACGAAGUCAAGAAACUCCUCAAAAGAGCUGCUAAUAGGCCCAAGCCAUACUUGUUUAAAGGGGACCAUAUAUUUCCAACCAAGAAUUCUGAAGCUCCGGUUGCAAUUUUGUAUGCUGAAAUUGGAACCAAAGAAUUUUCAAAAUUCCACAAGGUUCUGUCUGAGAAAGCCAGCAAAGGAGCACUUAUUUAUGUUUUGCGGCAUUAUGUCCAGAAAACCAGUUUGAAGAAAGUCCAUCUUUCAGGAUAUGGUGUUGAACUUGCUAUUAAAAGUACAGAAUACAAAGCAGUAGAUGACACUCAUUUUGAAGGUACAAAUAAUACUGUGCUGGAAGAUGAUGAUGACAUUGAUGAAGUUCAGGGGUUCCAUUUUAGGAAAUUGAAGCAGCUAUAUCCUGAUUUGACAGGCCAGCUGAAAGAAUUAAGAAAACAUCUUAUUGAAAGCACUAAUGACAUGGCUCCGCUGAAAGUGUGGGAACUUCAAGAUCUAAGUUUUCAAGCAGCAGCUCGCAUUCUCUCUGCUCCUGUUUAUGAUGCUUUGAAGUUAAUGCGAGACUUUAGUCAGAACUUACCAACAAAAGCCAGAUCACUGACAAGAAUAGCAGUAAACCAGGGACUACGAGAUGAAAUUGAGGCAAAUCAAAAGUUUCUUGCAGAAACUUUAGGACUUCAACCUGGAGAUUCAGCAUUGUUUUUAAAUGGGAUGCAUAUUGAUCUGGAUACUCAUAGUCCAUUCAGUAUUCUAGAUAUCCUCAAACAGGAAGGCAAAGUUAUGGAUGGUCUUUAUAACCUUGGGAUCCAAGACAAAGAUCUAAGCAAACUUCUGAGUCUGAAUGUUCAUCCGAUGGAGGAAAGCCCGGCACUUGAUAUCCGACACUCUGCUAUAAUUUGGAUAACUGACCUGGAAAGAGACCAGAAAUACCGUUCUUGGCCAUCAAAUUAUCAAGAGUUAUUGCGGCCAACCUUCCCAGGUGUGAUACGGCAAAUUAGGCGCAACUUUUUCAAUUUGGUCAUGUUUAUUGAUCCUGCCCAGGAAGAAGCAGUUCAAUUGAUAAAAUUGGCUGAGUUGUUCUAUCAACACAAUGUUCCUCUCAGAAUUGGUUUCAUUUUUGUUGUGAAUGCUGAUGAAGAGAUUGAUGGCAAUCUAGAUGCAGGCGUUGCUCUUCUGAGAGUCUUUAACUUCAUAGCCGAAGAUUCUGAACUUUCACAUGCCUUUUCUUCAAUAGUGGCAAUAUUCAAUCAAGUUCAAGAUGGGGAAUCACUUACUGUGGACAAUGUGGUCAGUUUUAUGAAAAAGAAGUAUCCACGAGUUGAUGUUCAGAAUAUCUUGGGUGUUGAUUCUGAGUUUGAUGACCAAAGGAAGGCAGGAGCAAGCUAUUAUAAAACCACUGGCUUGGGUUCACUACCACAGGCUGUCUUUAAUGGCAUUCACUUCAACAUAGAUGACUUGGACUCUGAAGAGCUGGAAACUAUUAUCCUUCAAAAGAUAAUGGAUGCUGCAGGGUUUUUUCAGAAGGCAGUGUUCAUGGGUCAGUUAAAUGAACACAUAGAUGUGGUCGAUUUCCUAAUGGAUCAGCCUAAUGUUGUCCACCGAAUCAAUCCUGUAAUUCUGAAUGCUGAAAGGAAGUAUCUUGAUCUUACAUCUAAAGCAGCUUUGAGCGACUGGAAUGACUUUACUACAUAUUCCUUCCUUGAUGUCCGAGACAAAAGCGCAGUUAUUGCUGAUCAGAUGAAAUACCUCACUAGAAAAGAUGAGGAUAUCAUUUAUGCAGUGACCAUCUGGAUUGUUGCUGAUUUUGACAAAUUAUCUGGGAGAAGAUUAUUGCUUAAUGCAAUUAAACACAUGAAAGUAAGCAGCAACAUUCGAAUUGGAGUCAUAAGUAAUCAUGCAGCUGAAAUAACAGAAAAUACAACUCCUAUUUCCAGAGCAAUCUGGGCAGUGCUUCUAACACAGAAUGGGAAUAUCGCAAGGAACUACAUAACUAAGCUGUUCAGCGAAGAAACUGUGGAUGCACUUGCGUCAGGAGCAAAAAUUCUGGAAUUUGCUGUUAAAGGAAUGGAUAAUGAUGCCUUUGAGAAGAAAUACAACACCAUAGGAGUCGACUUCCUUCGCACCCAUCGAUUGUUCUGUCAAGAUGUUCUGAAGCUGUUACCUGGUCAGGAGGCAGUUGUUAGCAAUGGUCGGAUCCUGGGUGCUUUCAAUGAAAAUGAGAUAUUUCAUCCUGAAGACUUCAGCCUCCUGGAAAGGAUCACCCUCAGUACAUCAUCAGAGAAGAUUAAAGCUCACAUCAAACGGAUGGGUGUGUAUUCUAAGAGUGGAAGUGAUUUGCUCAUGAAGGUAGAUGCACUUUUAUCAUCAAUGCCAAAAAUGGAACCUCGGAAAGAUGUCAAAUUUCUUCAAGAUCAAUUGAGUGUAGUAAAAAUAAAACCUCAAGAUGGAGUCUUUUAUGAAGUGGUGGUCAUUCUUGAUCCACUAAGCAGAGAGGCACAAAGGAUGGCCCCAUUGCUAAUGGUCUUGCAUCAGGUGAUCAAUAUGAAUCUGAAAGUGUUCAUGAACUGCAGACCCAAACUCUCGGAAUUGCCUUUGAAAAGCUUUUACCGUUAUGUGCUCGAGCCGAGAUUGGUCUUCACGGCUGAUAACAAUUUGUCAGCAGGACCCAUAGCCAAAUUUCUCGAAAUGCCAGAAGUACCCUUGUUUACUCUGAACAUGAUUACACCGGAGAGUUGGUUAGUAGAAUCAGUACGUAGCCCAUAUGACUUGGACAACAUUCACUUAGAAGAUGUUGAAGGAAUUGUGUCAGCAGAGUAUGAACUAGAGUACAUACUGCUUGAAGGGCAUUGCUUUGAUGUGACCACGGGUCAACCUCCCAGAGGAUUACAAUUCACCCUGGGAAUGAAGCAUAACCCAGUUAUAGUGGACACUAUAGUGAUGGCUAAUCUGGGUUACUUUCAGCUAAAAGCAAAUCCAGGCACUUGGUUGCUUCGCUUACGCAAAGGGAGAUCUAGCAAUAUCUACCAGAUAUUUAUGCAUGAAGGCACAGAUUCUCCCGAUGUUGCAGAUGAUGUUGUUGUAGUACUGAACAGUUUCAAAAGCAAAAUCCUCAAAGUUCAGGUGAACAAAAAGCCCGAUAAAAUAAAUGAAGAUUUGCUCAGCGAUGUGGACACAGAAGACAAGGGGAUCUGGGAGUCAAUCACAAGCUUUGCAGAAGGUUUCCGGUCUGAACAGAAAGAUGACAUCCUAAACAUUUUCUCUGUUGCAUCAGGACAUCUUUAUGAGCGAUUUUUGAGAAUUAUGAUGCUUUCUGUGUUAAAACACACAAAAUCAACUGUCAAGUUCUGGUUUUUGAAGAAUUACCUAUCUCCUACUUUCAAAGAGUUCAUUCCAGAAAUGGCGAAUGAAUAUGGAUUCCUGUAUGAACUGGUACAGUACAAGUGGCCGAGAUGGCUCCAUCAGCAAACAGAGAAGCAGAGAAUUAUUUGGGGCUACAAGAUCCUGUUUCUUGAUGUCCUCUUCCCAUUAGCUGUUAACAAAAUUAUUUUUGUUGAUGCUGACCAGAUUGUGAGAACUGAUUUAAAAGAACUGGUGGAAUUGGAUCUAGAAGGUGCACCCUAUGGAUACACACCAUUCUGUGACAGUCGUAAAGAAAUGGAUGGUUACCGCUUCUGGAACUCAGGAUACUGGGCCUCACAUUUGGGAGGCAGAAAAUACCACAUAAGUGCUUUAUAUGUUGUGGAUUUAAAAAGGUUCAGAAAAAUAGCAGCGGGUGAUCGCCUUCGAGGUCAGUACCAAGCACUCAGUCAGGAUCCCAACAGCCUGUCCAAUCUGGAUCAGGACCUGCCCAAUAACAUGAUCCAUCAAGUGGCCAUCAAAUCCCUACCGCAGGAAUGGCUGUGGUGUGAAACAUGGUGUAGUGAGGAGUCCAAAAAGAUGGCUAAAACAAUAGACCUGUGCAACAACCCCAGGACAAAAGAACCUAAGCUAAAAGCUGCUGUGCGAAUUGUACCAGAGUGGAAUGAUUAUGAUAAUGAAAUAAAAAUGUUAUUAAAAAGAGUGGAGGGACAGAGAAGGAAUAGCCAUACAAAAUCAAAAUCUGAGUCUCAAGCUCCUGGGCGAGAUGAACUCUAGCAAGUCUCUGAAAUUGUGUUGCACACUAAAUGAGUAAGAACUAUAGUUAGAACAAAACAUGUUACUUCUGUCAUAUAUAUUACUUGAGAACUUUGAUUAUGCAUAAGAGUGUACAGUGGACAUGCAAUAACAUGAUAGUUGUGUGUACUUUGAGGUAAAAAUUCCUGUUAUAUUUGUUUUUUAUAAAUUGGAAACAGCCUAAACAUUUGCUGUGAAAUUCACAUGUCUGGUUUGUAGUCAUGGUCAAAGCUGAUAGCAGACAGCCUAAUUCCAAAAAAAAAACAAUUAUCAGUAUUAUAAUCAUCAUUCAUUAAACUACUUAAUUUCUGUGAAUACCUUUACAAUUCAUUUCUGACACAUAUAUAAUUCAUUGUGUCAUUGUUUACAAAAGGAACCAAUAAUAUCAAACAAUAUGCUUUGCUUUCAACUUUGGCCUAUACUUCCUGAAAUGUAUUCCUGAUGAAAUUUCAAAUCUUGGCUUUGAACCUCGACAUGGAUUAUUGUGAAUCAUGGCUUUGUCUUUGAAAAGUCAGGAUUCACGUGUAACAAUAGAAUGAAAAGUAAAAAGUCGACUGUUCUAUGCUAUUGAGCACAUUUGUGGUGUUGUACACCAUUGUCAGAUAGAAAUUAUCAAUGCACAUACAAAUCCAUGUACAUUGAUUUCACAUCUCCACUAACAUCUACUAUGACAUGUUGAAACUUCUGGAACAUUUAAAAUUAGGACACAAAAAUAGAAGCCUUUGUUUACUCAUUAGUAAACUUGAACUGUCAGGAAUAUCAACGUUCUCUGUUUCCAAUGUUUAUUUCUUGGACUAUCAGGCCAGGGCUCCUCAUUUACAUGAUGCAUUUCAAUUAAAUAGUCCAGUCUUGUGAACAUUAAUGGAUUGAAUUAACACCAACAACAUUAGUGUGACAAAAGUUAACAAAAAUCAAGAUUAUGUACAUACUAAAAGAUUUAUUUUCCAAGGAAUUGUGGAAGAGUGUCUUAGAUGUACUGUAAACUUUGUUUUAACUGGCACUCUCGAUAAACUGGCAAAAAUAAAAUACCUCAAUUACAAGAAGUUUACUAUAUUAUCACAACCUCCACUAUGUCCAUGUAGUCAUUUGACGGUGUGAGUGAGAAGGCUGUAUGCCUUUAAGUUAUAUUUAAGGCAAAGUUGCACUUUUAUUUCAGUGAUUUAUACUGUAACAAAAAUAUAAUGAUGAUGUGUAUACCCCCUGCAUUGUUUCUACUAUUUAGUGUGUGCUUUUACAUGAGGUGGACCUCUUGAUCAACUGUUACACUCCAGGUCACUUAUCUGCUAGUUAAUUUGCUAAUGCAGAGCUUCCCAAAGUGGGGCUAGGUGAUGUUGCAAGCUAAAGUUUUGAUAUCAUGCACUACAAGGCAACCAUGACACAUACUAAAUGUCAAAAUAGGGUCACAUUGGGGGAAAUUGGCUUUGUUUAAACAUGCCACAGGAAUGUCAUUCAGGCUGAAGCUUGUUGCCAUAACUUUGGCAGAAUUUUUAUUGACAGUCCUGUUUGUUUAAUAGGCCAAAGUUAGUGUUGCAGCAGGGAAAGCCUUAAGGAGAUUCAUCUUUAAAGUCAACAUUUAAAAGCUACAAGAUACCCAUAAUGAGCUAUUUAGCACUGUUCCAUUUAUUUCCUUUAAACUAUAUACUAUUUUAAUGUGCCUACAUGACAAAAGAAUCCAGAAAAAGCUUUACACUUCAAAAUA